AUGGCAGUAGCAAGAGAAGCCGAGGCAGCUCCAAUGUCACCAGACUCACGGGCUACAGGCGACAUGGAGGACGCAGAGGAUAACGUGCCACUAAAGGAAAAUGGUAAGUAUUGCCGGAGUAUUGUUAGUACGGAGGGUGAAUUUGACUGGGAUAAAAGUCUACGAGGCACCAUUUUGAGCUCGUUCUUCUAUGGGUACAUCUGUACCCAGAUCCUCGGCGGCUGGUUGGCGGGAAGGUAUGGCGGGAAACACGUGCUGGGCACCGCCAUGGUGAUUGUGUUAGCGAUGACGGUUGUGACGCCGAUUGCGGCCAGGACACACCCUUACCUCGUGAUUGCUGUGCGGGUUUUGAUGGGACUGGCAGAUGGGGUGGUGUUCCCUUCAAUGCAUACACUAUGGGGCCAAUGGGCGCCGCCAUUGGAGCGGAGUAAACUGAUGACAUUCUGUUACUCAGGUAUAUUUGUUGGCAUAAUCGUGGCCUUGUCGUUCUCUGGAGUACUGUGUGAGAUACAGUUGGAUGGAGGAUGGCCAUUUAUCUUCUACGUUUACGGUGCAACGUGUUUUCUGUGGCUUUGUUGCUGGCACAUCUUUGUGUUUGACUCUCCUGCACGACAUCCGCGAAUUAGCCAAUCAGAGAGGAGAUACAUAGAAAGGGCUAUUGGACAUCCUCCUGGAGAAAAGAGAGUUGCUGUCCCUUGGCUGCAGUUUGCCAGGUCUCCCGCCGUCUGGGCAAUAGUCGUGGCUCAUACUUGUAAUAACUGGGGUCACUACACACUCAUGACAUCACUGCCUCUUUUUAUGAAGGAAGUCUUGGCGUUUGAAAUAAAACAAAAUGGCGUGUACUCUGCUCUGCCGUUUGCGGCCAUGGCCGGUGGUGUGGUACUGUGUGGGCAGCUAGCUGACCAGCUGAGGCGGAGAGCCGUGCUGAACACAACGUGGACCAGGAAACUGUUUCAGGCCGUUGGUGGAUUCCUGCCCGCAGCCUUCAUGGUCGCCACUGCUUUCAUAGACUGUGACACCAGGAUGGCGGGGGUGGCAUUCCUAACGCUAGCCAUGACCUUCUCGGCGGGGGCGCUGGCGGGCUACCAGAUCAACCACGCGGACAUCGCUCCCAGAUUCGCCGGUGAAAUAUUCGGCAUUACCAACACAGUGGCCACUAUUCCUGGUAUGAUCUCUCCCAGUGUGGUCAGCGCUCUUACGCCUAACGGCUCCAAAGAAGAGUGGCAAAGGGUUCUCUUUAUAAGUGGCGCCAUUUACUCUUUUGGUGCUUUGUUUUUCUUGAUAUUUGCGAGCGGCGAGGAACAGUCUUGGGAUAAAGUCGACAACAUGAGUUAUCAAGAAGAUCAAGAAGCCAAGGAAAGAUUCCAGAUUGACGAUCUUGCGCUGUCAACUUUGUGAGAGUGAUGGGAUAACGGCAGUAGACUGGGCUUAUCUUACUUAAUGAUUCUUCGAUACAUUCUGUCAGAAUCAAUUAAUGUCAAUUUUUCCCAAUGUCAAUUUUUCCACAUUGUUAAAACUAUCACAUUGCUCAGCCCAAUAUCUGAUCCAGUCACGUAGUUAUGUUGGGCAUCAUGUAGGCCUACCAGUAGGUCUAAACAGGCAUAUUGCUUUGUAGUGAAAAAAUGGUUAAAACAAAGAAAGAAAGAUUUUUUUUUUAUAAAACAUUGUCAACUGAUCAAAUAUGGGUCACCUUUCCUUCAUUUUGACUCCGCUCUCGACCUAGACCCGCAAAUUCUCACUUUAAUUUACGUUGAACGUGGGACUUAUAAUAUCAAUAUCGGAAAUGCAUUCACAUCUUCUGUCGUCGCUCAUCAGUCACACCUAGCACACUUUAGAUGUCCAGCAUAACGAUAUAGCACUCCUGGUGAUAGGAACUGGAACCGGGGUAACAGUAAUCCAAGUCCCCCAAGAACCGAGGUCCUUCGGAUGGUAAUGGUUGUCUGUAGGACUAACAUUACUUGGGAAUAAUAGUCCUACAGGGACUUAGGUUCCUGGCUCAUAAUUAUAGUAGGUAGGACUUGUAUUACUGUCGGACUUUUAUUCCUGUUACAUCUAUGGCAGUAAUAAAAGUCCGGCCAUUUGAAAGCCCUAUCCUUAGCCAAUAAUACUGUUAAAUGAUAAAACUAUAAAUGUAUAUGAAAUCCUUCUGGUGAGCCAUAUAUCGGACAAAAAAUGAGAGGUUUGCAACUUCAGCUCGACUGUGUAGUGGUUAGCGUGCAAGACUACAAGGUAAGAAUUCAUGAGACCUUCUGUUGCAUCUAUGGGUUCGAGACCGACCUUUGACAUGACCUUGCCCCCCCCCCAUCCCCCACUCUUCCCACUAUUUAUUACUUGUAGCAAAAUGUUUAAUGGUGUUUUUAAUGUCCAAUAUUUGUUCGAAAUUCCGUGCUCAUUACAUGUACUACUCUUUUGUUUUGUCUUUUAAGUGUCAAAGCACCAAAAUAGCAAAGGGCUAUUACAGAACCUU